AUGGACAUCUCCUCCUUCUCGCAAAUCGACACCUUCCACUGGAUCCUCGACAUGAACACCUUCGUUGGGGAGGCCUACGAUCAGGUCCGCGAAAUGUGUAUCUUCCUCUUAAACAACUUCACCCUCCCACCGGACAAAGCCCUAGCCGUCUACAUCCAGUCCCCCGGCUCGUCCUUCUUCUUCUGCGGCGCCGUCACCGUGGCUCGGCCGUCGGCUGUGCUCUCCUUGCCGUGGCCGGAGCCCGGCGGCGAGCUUCAGCUCACUGCCGACGCGGUGCCGCUGUCGGCCAAAAUCGGUGUGUCGGUGGAGGACCUGGCGUCGCUGCCGUCGCUCGACGUCACCGCGGAGAAGCGAAUAGAGCGAUUGGCGAUGAAGGUUGGGGAGAAUCUGUUCAAUUUCAUGCAGUCGUUUUGUGGUGUGGAUGGGUCUAAGCUGGUGGUGCCUAUGGAUAUUUUGGAUCGGUGGUUCAAGAAGUUUCAGGAGAGAGCUAAGCGCGACCCUGAGUACCUGAAAGGCUUCGCUUUGUAG